CGUGCGAGCUGCCAGACUGAAAAGUUUCGAUUCAAAAAUAUUCUGAGAAAAUACGAGUCGGGCUGAAGGAGAGAGAUUUGGAGACUCUCGAGAAUGGAUGCCUACAGCAAAUACUUAGAUGAUGAACAGUUUAACACCAACCGAGGCAGCACUCAGACCGAAUCGAAUGCGCCCAUGCGCAGUCAGGCGAAUGUGCUUAGGCAGAGACUGCAAUUCAAUAACUCUUCCACCUCGAACCCAAAAGGGUCCAUGCGCUGCAAGAAGAUGCGUCAAGAGAAGUCGAAAACCCAGCCUCGGCCCAACGAAGUUAUUCAGAAAUCAACCCAGACUUGCAUACGCCACAGUCAGCCGCCGCCGGAGCCGCACUCGAGGAAAAUCCGUCCGCCAAUGCAGCAGCAGCAGCAGCAGCAGAACUCCCGACAGACUGAAAUUCAGGUGCAUCGAUGUCCGAACAAGGCGGCACGUCAGACGGAUGCUCCGUCAUUCCGGAUGGGACUGACCUAUAUUCAGCCAAAGUCCCUGUUUAAUGUGGACUAUGCACCGCAAUCGCGACGUGCCCUACGUCUGCCCCCGUUGCCGCCCACCAACAAGGCCUCGAUGCUAGAUCGAGACGGGGCGGGCGGGGAUCGUUUGCUGUAUAGGAAUUCGAAUUUUGGCAAGGAGUCCAGUCGCGGUCGCAGCGAGAAUAGCGAGAAUCCGCUCUUCGGUCCGGUCGAGGUCAAGGAAUCGUCUUCCAUGCUGGAAUCGGCACGCGAGCGUUGCAGAAAGACAAAGGCGCAUUUCAAUUCCAAAUAUGCGGAUAAGAAUGAACGGGGCACGGACAGCGAUUCCAAGUCCGAUUCUGUGAAAUCAUCGAAUUCGCAGAAGACCGUAAUUACCACCAAAAGUGGAGAGAAUUUGCGCACCGUGGUGCGUUCCCAGAUCGAGAUGCAGGAGCUGCUGCAUCAAUCCAUUAAUAAAAUGACCGAAAUGACCGACAGACUGGUGCUGAGUACCAACUCUAGGUUAAUCUUGCCAUCGCUGGGCUUGUCGGGCGAGUCCGAGUGCAGCCUGAUUCAACAAAAGACGCCAAACCUCUCCAAAUCGCCCGCGAAUCCGCAUAGGGAUGGCGCCUUGGGGCCAGGAACCAAAUCCGAAAAUCAUCUUUGUCUCGAGGAGCUGGUCAGUACCAAGGUGAUUGCGCCUAUGAUGCGCCGGGUACAGCGAAUGUAUUUGAACAAUCUACAGGAGGAAAUGAAACUAAUGGAAGAACUUGAGCGUGUGCCAUGCCAGGUUAGCGACUUGUACAAAUCUGCCGAUGUGCCGCCGGGGCUAAGCAAACAGCUCAAAUAAUUGCAGCAAGCAUCGGUUAUUUCUCACAGAAACUAUCACUUUCAGUUUAUUGUUAUAUAUAUAUUUUUUAAUCAUAUGCUCACUAGACAUAAUAAACACCAAAACACUAA